GUACCGCAUCGCAUAUGUCGUAAUUUUCUUUUGCAUUUUAUACUCCGGCGGUUUUGUUUGGGAGCUAGCCCACUACGCAGCCGUACCUGAACUUUUUUUUACUGACUUUUUCUAAUCGAGGUGCGGUUUGGAGAUUGGAAUCGAGGUGCGGCGGCGACCGGUUUCGGGCCUGGCGGCCGCGGCGGGGUAGCGUUCGGCUGAAUCGGGAGCCAGGCGAGUAGGGGGUUGGUUCUGCGCUCUCGCUGGAGUCGACGACGCCGUGGCCGGCCGGCCGAAUCGGCGGCAUGGUGAGCAAGCGGGUCGUAGCUGCCGGUGGCAUCGGCAUCGCCCCAUCUUCUCCUUUCUCUACCACAAGUGCUGUGCUGCCUUCCGCCGGUCAUGCUGCGGCAGCCCGGCAAGUGGCGUCUCACAAACUCGGUCCGCGUUCAUCUUCGGUUCAGUCUAAAUUUUUCCGGUCUUCUUUUGUUGGCAGUGAGGAUUAUUCAAGCAUUGGUUGCUACUGAUGUUUCAGAUUAUUUUUACCUCCUAAUGAGGCAUCAAGGCGGGCGUCGAGAGCUUUCAACGGCGAGGGCGCAGGCGCGCGACAGCUGUAGUUGUCCUUGUCGGCCAAUGGUAGCAUUGCAUCGAGGCAGGCGGUGCUGCGGGAACUUUCGACAGCCGUCGGUGGCUCGUCGGCUGACGGCAACAUCAAGGAAAGUGGCGCUGCGAGAGGCGCCACGGUGUGGUGGGUGGCUGGCACAGCAGCGACCGGCGCGAGAAGCUUCACCACAUGGUGGGCCUGGACUGCGACGGAGUGGGACAGCCAGUAAUGUUCAAAAUAUUAAGAGGAACUGGGAUGUGUCCUUCUCCUGGGGUACACAUUGAAAUGUAGAGCUGCACCGCAUGUUCUGGUCUUCAGCGUCUAGACACCUAGUAGGAUGGAAAUAGAACAUCAAAGCAUAGUGUACUGGAGUUGUUGAUGUAACUAGAUAAUUUGCACUGACUGUAAUUUCUUACGUUCACGUAUUUCAUUUAUUUUCGAUAUGCACUUUAUUCUAUGGGCACAUGAGGUCAUUCCUGAAAUACCUAGAGACAUGUGUGCAUGUCGACAUAUGUUUUGUUUGCAUGAA